AUGAGGACACGUUGUCUUCCCCGCCGUCUUCUGACUAAACCUCGCUGGUGGAUUGUUAUACUUUCUAUAUGUGUUCUUCUCUUCGUGUUCUUUGCUCUAGAUUUUAAUAUCACAUACAGCAGUGUAGCAGUCGACCCUAUCGCACGUGUUAGUCAGAUAUCAAAUGUUCACGAGACAUUACAAGAUAGCCGUAUUGCUGCUCGAUUUCAACAGAGAAAUUCUAUAAUACAUGACGGGUGUCAAAACCUUAAACAAUAUUACGCUGUUCAGGAUUCCGAAGCUGCGGUUAAAGAACAUCUGGUAGUUGACAGUAAGAACCAGAUAACCUACUGUGCUAUUGAAAAGAUUGGCUGCACAUUCUGGAAAAGAAUAUUCCAAAUUCUCAGUGGCUGGCAGAAUGUAUCCGAUCCUUUCAGAAUAAAGGGGAUCCAUGCAUAUGAAGGGUACCAGACGGCCAAACGGCUGCCAUUCGACAAGAUUUAUAACAUUCUUGUGCAUUCAACAAAAUUUAUGUUCGUACGAGAACCUUUUGAAAGACUGCUUUCAGGGUACGUCGAUAAACUGUAUUCACCAAAUGCUGCUUACUGGAAUUUCAUUGGGCGAUACAUUGUUACUAGAUUUCGUGAGAAUCCAACAAAUCAUAGCGCAGAGUGCGGCCAUGAUAUCACGUUCCAGGAAUUUGUGGAGUAUUUUAUAUAUUCUCAGAGUACUAAUGAACAUAGAGACGCCCAUUUUGUGCCUAGCUUCGAACACUGUCGACCGUGUGAAAUAGAAUAUGACUACAUUGGUAAAAUGGAAACUUUUAAAGAAGAUACUUUUCAUAUAUUGAAGAAACUUAAUUUAGAAAAAUAUGUUAAAUUUAAUGAUUUUCAGAACGAGACUGAAACAGAUGCUAUAAUAGACACAGUAGACUAUGUGUAUUCUAUGCGUCGGCCAAUACAGAAGUGUAUGACGCUGCCUCAAGCCUUAUUUAGGGCAUGGCGGAAGCUACAGAUAAGAGGAAUAAUUAGCAAAUAUAUCAAAUUUCCGUAUCCUUUAGAUUAUGCUGACAAUAUUCAUCCAAAUGAAUUUAAAAGACUUCUGCUUGAUGCGCAUGCGAUGUCUGGAGACCCUGCGGAACGUAAAAAGAACCGACAUGAAGCACUUCUUGAAGCCUACAGCAAUCUUACACCAGUUACUAUGGACAGACUGAAAGAAGCUUUGUAUGUCGAUGCCGUUCUCUUUGGAUAUGAUACGUUCCCAGAUAAACUCCGAAAUCUUGGAAAGAAAAAAUCGAAAAAUGACGGGUUUACAUAUUUCAAAUUGUAUCCGUAA